AUGAGUGCACACGAGCGCUACGGAGAUUGGACGCGGAGUCAGCUUCUGCGCCGCAUCGCGCAGCUGGAAGCCUCGGCAUCGACGGCGAAUGUGCCGACGCCCGAGCUGGAGCAGGCGCCGAGCGACGCGGACCCCGAAAAGAAACCCAAAACCAAAGCCCCUCGCCCCUUUGACGUGUCUUUGCAGCCCCAGCGGAAGAUUGCGCUGCGUUUUUGCUACGACGGCAGCCGCUACUCGGGCCUCGCUGCGCAGACGCAGCAGGUUACGCCCCUGCCCACGGUCGAGGAGACGAUCUGGGAGGCGAUGGGUACCGCGCGCCUUGUCGAUCCUGCGAAAGGCAUGGAGGGUGCAGGGUGGAGCCGGUGUGGCCGCACGGACGCGGGCGUCAGUGCCGCCGGCCAGGUGAUUGCGCUGUGGGUGCGCAGCCGGUGCGUCGACGAGCGUGCGCUGCGCGCCUACCAUGAGCAAAGCGACCAUGGAAUCGAGGAUGCGCCGGAGCCUAUCCGGCUCGCUGCUGGCGACGAGCUGCCGUACGUCGCGACGCUCAACCGCCUGCUCCCUCCUUCGAUCCGUGUGCAGGCGUGGUCGCCGGUCUCCCCCACGUUUUCCUCGCGCUUCGACUGCGUGUACCGCCACUAUAAAUACUUCUUUACGCUCGGCGCACCCGCGUCGCUGAUCUGGCAGAAAGAAAGUGCGUCCAACUUUCCCCAGCGCCUCGACGUGGACCGCAUGCGCGCGGCCGCGGCGCGGCUCAUUGGCGAGCACGACUUCCGGAAUCUGUGCAAGGUCGAUGCGAGCAAGCAGAUUACCAACUUUGUGCGCCGCAUCGACGGCGCGACGAUCGACCAAGUCCCGUCCGGCUGGGCGACGAUGCACGAUCCCCUGGACAUUGCGCCCAUCUCCCCUACGGCCGAGCCGAUGUAUGUGCUGAAUCUGCGCGGCUCUGCCUUUUUGUACCACCAAGUGCGCAACAUUAUGGCGGUGCUCUUCAUGGUCGGCGCACGCCUGGAAGAGCCGUCGGUGAUCGACGAGCUGGUCAACGUGUACCAAGGCGCUGCGGCCGCAGACCGUAUCCGCACGCUCGCGAACCUCGAUGCACUGCUUGGCGAAGACACGCCUGACAAGCACGCCUUGCGUGCGCUCCCCCCGCCCAGCGAGGGCCUCGCCGUGUACGAGACCAAGCCCAGCUACGAGAUGGCCGCCGACCGUCCGUUGAUGCUCUGGGAGUGUGGUUUCCGCCCCGAGCAUGUCCAAUGGCGGGCAUGUGCGAGCGACGACCUCGCCGGGGUGCAGCCCGAGGCGAUCGACUUUACGCCGACGCUGCGUGCCACCGCGCAGCUCCAUGCGCAGUGGACGCGCGAGGCGAUUCACACCGAGCUCCUGCGCCACUUUACGAUAUCCAGUGCCUCGUCGAGCCUAUCGACUAUCCCUACGCAGACGUCCUUUAACGAUGCGCGCAUGCCGCGUCUGCCUGCGGCGCACGGCUCGGAGCACCCUCCGCUGCGUGCGCAGCUUGUUCCCCUCGGCAAUGGCGCGGUGCGCCCUACGACCAAGUACACCCCGAUGGUGCAGCGUCCGCGCGACGUCUCGGCGGACGUCAAAAACGAAAAGUGGCGCGAGGGAAAGGGCCGCCGGCGGGCGGAGCGCCGCGCCGCCGCGCCGUAG